AUGAAGAAGGCGCUUCCCCUAAAAGGCGGGUCGGGAGGGUCGAGGCAUGGAACAAAAUCUCCCAAGGAGCUGGAGAGCAUCUUGAAGCAGUAUUUUGGGUACUCGGAGUUCCGAGGAAGGCAGCUAGAGGCCAUAGAGGCUGUUCUUUCAGGAAGGGAUUGCUUCUGUUUGAUGCCAACUGGAGGUGGCAAGUCAAUGUGCUACCAGAUCCCUGCUCUAGUGAAGACCGGCGUUGUUCUUGUUAUCUCACCCUUGAUAGCGCUAAUGGAGAAUCAGGUUAGCAGCUUGAAAAGUAAAGGAAUUCCAGCUGAAUUUCUCUCUUCGACACAAACAACUGCUAACAAAAACAAGAUACAUGAAGAUCUCGAUUCUGGCAAUCCUUCUUUAAAAUUGCUGUAUGUCACUCCUGAGUUAGUUGCAACAUCUGGCUUCAAAGCAAAGUUAACAAAGCUCCACAACAGGGGUCUUCUUGGUCUUGUAGCUAUUGAUGAGGCUCAUUGUAUUUCAACUUGGGGCCAUGAUUUCAGACCUAGCUACCGCAAGAUUUCAUCAUUGAGGAAGCAGUUCCCAGAUAUCCCGAUAUUGGCUUUGACUGCAACUGCUGUCCCAAAAGUCCAGAAAGAUGUGAUAUCAUCAUUGUCCUUGCAAAACCCAGUCAUUCUUAAAGCUUCCUUUAAUCGACCUAAUAUCUUCUAUGAAGUUCGUUACAAGGAUCUUCUUGAUGAUGUUUAUUCUGAUAUAUCGAAUUUACUGAAGUCCAGCGGAAAUGUUUGCUCAAUCAUAUAUUGCCUUGAACGUGCUGCCUGUGAUGAUCUGACUAUGCAUUUGUCACAGCAGGGCAUCUCUUCUGCUGCUUAUCAUGCUGGCCUGAAUAGUAAAGUGCGAACUACCGUUCUUGAUGACUGGCUUUCAUCAAGGACUCAAGUUGUUGUUGCAACUGUAGCAUUUGGAGGUGCUUUGUUUAUAUAUUGGCGCUAUUCAUCUCUUCAGGGUAUUGAUAGACAAGAUGUCCGCAUCGUGUGCCAUUUCAACUUGCCUAAGUCAAUGGAAUCUUUCUACCAGGAGUCCGGACGUGCUGGUCGUGACCAACAGCCUUCCAGGAGUGUUUUGUAUUAUGGGUUAGAGGACCGAAGGAGAAUGGAAUUUAUUUUGAGAAACAGCAGCAGUAGAAAACAACAGCCAUCUUCUUCUUCAACUGAGCUUUCAGAGAAGACCCUAGCCGACUUUAGUUAG